CCGGAAACCGACUCGGCAGAGCCCAAAAGGGAAAAAUCAGAAGGACAGAAUUGCGCGAGAAGCUUGCCAUCUGUUAGAGGGUAUAAUAUAUUCAACGGAGACAGAUGCCUGUCGUGCGCAGAUGACUAUGCCUGUGCUGAUUUGGACUCAGAAGGCACCGGCUCCAGUUGCGGCAGCUGCAAACUUGUCGUACACUUGGACUGCUGCACGAGUGAGCCAACUCUCUUACGCUUACGCUGCGAAUGACUUUGCGUUAUUUCCAGGCCGCUACUGCCCCAAAUCCCGACUCAGGCUGCAGAGGAAGAUAGAAGGAAGCAAGGGGAAGGGCAGAAGAUAGAGAGAAAGGAAGGCACAGCUGAGAUUGAAGGAAGAUUGAAGGAAGGAACCCAAUCAAUCAAGCAAGCAAGCAAGCUCGAUUAUAAGGCAGAAGGUCUCGAGAUCUGGUAUGUUACAGGAGGCUGAGGUGGGCGGCGAGGGCUCGUGGUUGCACACGCUCGACACAGGAAGAAGUGUUGGCUCUGGAUAAUGGAAACGCAGUCGGACCUCGAGGCGCCUCUGUUGGUCGACAGCUCUACAAAAGCAGAUCUGCACAGCGCGAGCACGAGGAGUAGUCGGCAGCGGGGCAAGGAGCAGCAUGGGCACGAGCGCAAGGUGUCGGACCUGGGUCGAUGGAAGUUCAACUAUCAACGAUACAUCACGGAGAAUUUGUUUGCGGAAGCCGAUCAUCUCACUGAAGGACAGCGGGAAUAUAAUAGGAAGCAGAGGGAAACUCUGGCCGGAUUCGAGGAGGUGGAUUCGCUGGAAAAAGGCCCCAAAGAUUUGGACGAUGCAGCCGAGGAAUCGAAAGACCGAGGCGUCGAGUUCGCCAUCAACAUUUCGAACAUUAUGAAUGUCAUUCUGCUCGUGGUGAAAAUUUACGCUUCAGUGCAGAGUCGGUCGCUGGCCAUCGUGGCCUCCACGUUAGACUCGCUGUUGGAUUUAUUAGCAGGAAUGGUGCUCUGGUUCGCGCACUCGUCCAUGCAGAGCAAGAAUCAGUACAAGUUCCCCAUCGGCAAAUUACGAGUGCAGCCCGUGGGCAUCGUGGUGUUCGCCGCCACCAUGACAACGCUGGGCGUGCAGGUGCUGGUGACGGGAGUGCAGCAGCUGACAGAGGGCGAUGCGGGCAGGACUCUGAGCGCCGAGCAGAGGAACUGGCUCAUCGUCAUCAUGGGAUCCGCCAUAGCAGUGAAGCUGGCGCUCUACAUCUACUGCCGCACGUCCGAGAGCGAAAUCGUGCUCGCCUACGCGCAGGACCACUUCUUCGACGUGGUGACGAACGUGGUGGGGCUGGCGGCCGCGCUGCUGGCCGAUCGCUUCUUCUGGUGGCUGGACCCAGUGGGCGCCAUCUUCCUGGCCCUGUACACCAUCAUCAACUGGGGCAAGACCGUGCUCGAGAACGCCAUGACGCUCGUCGGCCAAGCGGCGCCCACGCAGCUCCUGCAGAAGCUCACCUACAUGGCCUUCAACCACCACCCGCAGAUUCGCAAAAUCGACACCGUCCGCGCGUACACCUUCGGCAAUUUCUACUUCGUGGAGGUGGACAUCGAGCUGCCCGAGGACAUGCCUCUGGUCGAGGCGCACAACAUCGGCGAGAGCCUGCAGAACAAGCUCGAGACGCUGCCCGAGGUGGAGCGCGCCUUCGUGCAUUUGGACUACGAGUCCACUCACACGCCCGAGCAUUUGACUAAAUAGCUUCGGAAUUUAUUGAAUUAAAUUUUGCUCUGAAUCGCCAGGCCAGGUCCUUAGAUUGGACAGACGGACGGUCGGUCGCUCGAUCAUGCAUUCUCAAAGCCAGACCUCCUCCGGUGUCCUGAUCGGCGCCCCCGUCCCACCCUGUCCUCCUUUGCAUUGUAAGCUCUAUGAAAUCUCGUCCUUUUGUUCUGUCUACUCGUCGCAUUCCCGUCUCGCCUCCAUUGUUUCUGUUUGUUCGUGCUCGACGAGAAGCUUCCUCAAGUUUGACCGGGUCCACGAACACUCGCUCGCCUGCAUCGCCCGGGGCUCCAAGGCCACGACGAGAAGCAGUCUCCGAGUUCAGGGUACGGUGCAUUCUCCCGAAAGCAGAUUACAGAAUCUUUCAUCUCAGAGUAAGAAAGACUCCCAUUUAAUCUAGAAGCUGAAUGGUCGCUUUAUCUCCUCAUGGCUUCACCUGAGACUGGCGCGAGCAAUCUCAUCGCAGUCGGGCAAUGGAGCCCCGAAAGAAGUAAAACAUCGAUCAUUUGCAGCGAAUUUGCCAAAGGAUUCCGAGCUGGAACAACGCCCUCCAAAUGCAGGCAAUUGCCGUAUUUCGAUGGCCUGUGUAGUCGGCAGGUGUGGGUGGUUCGGAAGACGAAGGUAGACUGCGAUCGAGCGAUUGCAGUUUGGAGCCCUGAAUCAUGCUUACACAAACAGAGCUAAUUAAUCUGCAUUCCGCUGAUGAAGAGCAUGAAGUUUCGACCUUCCAAGGUCCGAGGAGGUUCGAAGAGUUCACAGUUGUGGGUGUAAUACGUGUGCACCUGCCGUGUCGAUGUGGCAUGGAGAGGUGGACAUGGUGGAGACCACGCGAAUAUCUCAUCGAACCCAAAUGUCAUCCCAGAUUCACCAGAUUCAGGGCCCAGCACAUGGCGUACUCGUUCGGUGCUCGCUCGCUACCUUGCUCCACACGCCGACUCGUCUUCUUUUCCUCCGUUCUGCUGGAAUACUGGCCAGAUUUCCUGCCCCUAUCUAUCCGCAGAAUCUGUGCCUUGUUCUGCCCCCAACACUAUCGGCAGACAAUAAUUUCUGACACCUUCGAUUCUUCUGAAAACAAAGAACGCACCUCUGCUAUAGACUUGCACAACUAAAACUCGCAUCUUUAUAUUUUUCUGCCGAAAGUCGAGUACGGAUUUUUUUCAGAGGUUGUGGAAAGAAGCAUUGAAUUGUUGUUCGAUGAACUUGAAUUAUUUAGCGAAUGUUGCUUUCAUGUUAUAGUGCUACAAUUAACACUGUAACAUGAAAGCCAACAUUCGCAACUUUCCACUCUUUCGGAGCUGUGAAUGACUGCCU